AUGGCCACGUCUAUACUCGGGGAAGAGCCGCGCUUCGGAACGACCCCGUUGGCCAUGCUGGCGGCGACCUGCAACAAGAUCGGCAACACGAGCCCACUGACGACACUGCCGGAGUCGAGCGCCUUCGCCAAGGGCGGCUUCCACCCCUGGAAGCGCUCCUCGUCCAGCUGCAACCUCGGCUCCAGCCUCUCGGGCUUCGCAGUGGCCACCGGAGGCCGCGGCUCCGGCGGCCUGGCGGGAGGUUCGGGCGCAGCCAACAGCGCCUUCUGCCUGGCCUCCACGUCCCCCACGUCGUCCGCGUUUAGCAGCGACUACGGCGGCCUCUUCUCCAACUCGGCGGCAGCCGCGGCGGCGGCGGCCGGGGUGUCCCCGCAGGAGGCAGGAGGCCAGUCGGCCUUCAUCUCCAAAGUGCACACCACGGCGGCCGACGGCCUGUACCCGCGCGUGGGUAUGGCGCACCCGUACGAGUCGUGGUACAAGUCAGGCUUCCACUCGACGCUGGCAGCGGGCGAGGUGACCAACGGCGCGGCGUCGUCAUGGUGGGACGUGCACAGUAGCCCGGGAUCGUGGCUGGAGGUGCAGAACCCCGCUGGGGGGCUCCAGAGCUCGCUGCACUCGGGCGCCCCCCAGGCCUCGCUGCACUCGCAGCUCGGUACCUACAACCCCGACUUCAGCUCGCUCACGCACUCGGCCUUCAGCUCUACUGGCCUCGGCUCCUCGGCCGCCGCCGCCUCGCACUUGCUCUCCACAAGCCAGCACCUGCUGGCCCAGGACGGCUUCAAGCCGGUGCUGCCCUCCUACUCGGACUCCAGCGCCGCUGUGGCGGCUGCCGCCGCUAGCGCCAUGAUCUCGGGCGCCGCGGCCGCCGCCGCCGGGGGGAGCUCGGCGCGGUCUGCCCGCCGCUACUCGGGCCGCGCCACCUGCGACUGCCCCAACUGCCAGGAGGCGGAGCGGCUGGGCCCGGCCGGGGCGAGCCUGCGGCGCAAGGGCCUGCACAGCUGCCACAUCCCGGGCUGCGGCAAGGUGUACGGCAAGACGUCGCACCUGAAGGCGCACCUGCGCUGGCACACGGGCGAGCGGCCCUUCGUGUGCAACUGGCUCUUCUGCGGCAAGCGCUUCACGCGCUCGGACGAGCUGCAGCGGCACCUGCGGACUCACACCGGCGAGAAGCGCUUUGCCUGUCCGGUGUGCAACAAGCGCUUCAUGCGCAGCGACCACCUGAGCAAACACAUUAAGACGCAUAACGGGGGCGGCGGGGGCAAAAAGGGCAGCGACAGUGACACAGACGCCAGCAACCUGGAGACGCCCCGCUCUGAGUCCCCCGACCUCAUCCUGCACGACUCCGGCGUCAGUGCGGCCCGGGCGGCGGCAGCGGCGGCGGCGGCGGCAGCCGCAGCGGCGGCGGCGGCCUCGGCGGGAGGCAAGGAAGCCGCAUCUGGCCCCAACGACUCUUAG